CACACACACAUACACACACAAACGCACACACACUCAUACACACCUGGAAGUAAAGAGCAAACAGACAACAAUAGUAGCAGGCAGGUGGGCAGGCAGAGAGGGGGCCAGCUUUGUGUGUAGCUGUCUUAGACACAGUGUGGACUGGCUCAUGAAGAAGAAACGUUCUCAUCUCGUGGAUUUGUCAUUCCCGGGGUCGUAAAAGGAUUACAGGAAAAGGCACUCUUCCUCAUGAGUUACAGCUACAUGGAACCGUCUGACCCACCUCUGCUGUUUUUUCCUGUGAAGAUCUGCGUGAAAAACUCUGGGGCGGUGCAUCAAGAAAUCAAGUUUGACAGCACUCUGCUCUACAUUGUGAUUUUUUAUUUUGGUUGAAUUUAAAAAAAGUAACAGAAAACAAAACAACCUGUUUGAGGAAUUCCACCCCUGUCAGCUAUUUUAGUUCCUGUCUUGCUUUCACUAUUUUGUGAAAGGAGACGUAAAAGGAAGGAAGGGGACAGUGAGAGAGGGAGGAGGGGACAGACGUAUACUGUCGGAGCAUCUCCGCUUGUUUCUGUCACUUGUUUUCAGAGGCAGCUGAGAAGAGUAAGUGCGGCCCUGCUUUACUAUUGGGACAGAGAGGUACUGGAUAGGAGGGAAUUGGGUGGAAGGAAACGUAGGGGUGGGAAAGAGGGAGUGAGCGGGUAGUUUGACGGUGGUUUGUGGAUGUUGCGCAGAGAUAGAGCUAAAAGUUUUUGUAUUAGGGAGAUACAUGUGAAGUGCAGAGGUAAGCAAGUAUUUAAAAAGAGCAGAAGCUAAAAUGAAAGUGAGUUAUUUGUAUCUUUGCAAGUAUGCUGCAAUAAAGUAAGGAAGUAAUGAGGAAGUGGCUGUUCCUAUUUAAAAGUAGAGGUGAAAAAUACAGUUGCUUAUGCCUCUGAGUGUGUGAACCUGUGCAGGUAGAAGUGACCCUCACCGAUCACUCUUCUUCUCUUUGCUCCCAGAAGAAGUGAGGAGACAACAUGGUUCGGUGAGUCAAGCCCCCCGCCGGAUAACACCGUGCUUCAUUAGUCAACUCUUGUGUGCUUUGUGUUUUUGUGCAAGCGUGAUGACAACUUCUCUGUUUCUAUUCCUCGUUCUCUUUCUUUCCCCAGCAGUCGACUCGUCCUGCUCUGUUCUUCUAUCAUGUGAUUUCUGAUGUGCUCUUAACGCUGUUGUCAUAGAAAACUUAAAAAAAAAGUGUCAUAAAUGGUGUAACUGUGGUUGAGUUAAGACACGUUUUUGUGCAGUUUCUGUAAAGACUCAGCUGUGGUCCCUGUGACUUCAGUCUUUCCUUAUUUCUUUCAUUGUGUUUGAACAUUUGUUGUUUGCAAAGUCUCUGCUGUGGCAACCAACACUGGAAAGAGAAACUCUUACCCAGCCAGUCAAAAAUUUCUAUCAAGUGAAUGCACAGGUUUCCCUCGACUCAAGGUUUUACUCUGAAACAGUUUAAAUAUUAUAAUUUGAAUUUCAUGAAACAGCGAGAAAACCUUCAUGUCCUCACUUCUGUCUUUAUGUGGAUUAUGAAUAUGAUAAUAAGAAAAACACAUUGUUGCCUAAAAUCUGUCGCAAAGAGAGAUAGCUCUUACUUAUUAAACAUUUGAUCAUCUAUUAUUAUUUUUGUGGCUUUUCAUUGACAGGGCAGGGUUCUCGUAAACAGUUUUUCUUUGUCCGGCGUAAAAGCGGUGAGCUGAGCUUGACCAUGGCUCACUUUUUCCAUCCUUCAGCAUGACAGGAAAUGCUAAAAUUUAAGAAAUUCAGUCUGAACCCAUGCAGUAAUGACAUUGUUGAGUACAACAAGUUGUGACUUCAGAUGUUUACUUCACUACUCUCUGAAUGAUAGUUAUGGAGAUUAAAAAAUCGGUCAGUGGUAAAGUGUUGACCAGGGUGUUAAUCUAAACUUAGAUUUGAUCUUAUUGAAUCAGAAAACUGUCUUUCAUCUAUAGCAGGUGCUGUGUUUGUUAUAGAUCAAGCACAUGGAGGAUGCAGACUUCAAACCUUUUUAAAGUUACAGACUGUAAACUAAAAUUUGUUGAUGAUCAGUUAUGCCAUCCAUGCAGAGAAAAAGGGUGACAAACGCUUACAAGCUACAAGAAACCACAGUGAUGUGUCAAAGCCAAUAACACAAAAAACAACAAGAUAAAACAAAUGGAGAAGUAAACCACAGAAUGUACAACUUUAUAAGCAACCAAAAACAAUUUACAAGUGAGUUCCAAGAAUUGUUAAUGCUGUCGUCAAACGAUUACACAAAAAUGAAGAAGAUGGUGCGGUUAGAUCUGUGUCUUGAGGUUGAUUUUUGUAUGAUGUGUGGAAACUUAGUAAAUUUUAAAGUUACUGCAGUUAGGUAAAUAAAUGUAUUUAUUUCACUCAGCAAAUCCAGUAGCUUUAUGUUCACUGACACUCAGCAGGGGUCUCAUCACACUGGGUGCAGUUAUAACCAUAUUAAGUGUAUUUCUAUGCUGUGUAUGUGUUAUACAGGUGGUUCCACAGAGACAUCACAGGCCUGCAGGCCGAGGAAAUGCUGAAGAACCGAGGCAUUCAUGGCAGUUUCUUAGCCCGACCCAGCAAGAAAAACGUAGGAGAUUUCUCGCUGUCUGUCAGGUAAUGAUGUCUGCAAAAACAGCCCAAAACUACCUUUUACUUUCCUUCACCCACUGAUUGGAAGGAGUAAUUUUCUCAUAUAUUGUGCUCUGAGCCCGAACACAUGUCUCCUUCACCUAAUGACACAAAGGACAGAACUCAGAUCACGUAGUCUUACUGAAGCUCGUGAAGCUUAUUGAAAAAUCGUUUCUACCUUUAGUGUUUUUUUUAUUCACCGUCACUGAGAUCUUAUGUUUGUUUCCUGCUUUAAAGCUUAAAAUAAACUUGUCACUAAAGUAGCUGACACCAUUGGUUCUCACUUCAUAGAGAGUGAAGUCAAACUUUCCACUACAAGUCAAAGCCCAAAAUGUGUCACCGAUAUUUGUAUUGAUAUUAUACAGAUAAAUGUUCUUCUUUCUUAUGUAUGUGGCUUAAAGGUAAUGAGUUGAUUAUUUAACACAGUAUGGAGAAAUAUCCUGAAGUUUCCCAAUGGUUUUAAUUUAUUCUAAUUAUUUCAAAUAACCUUUAAAGUUACGGAUGAAAUGUCAUAUGAAACUCAGUGAAUUAAAGCCAGUUUUUCACCCUAUUCUCUACAAGUUUUAUAAUUACACACGUUCUGCAGAUUGUACUUUAAAGAGGCAAAUGGUUCAGCUUUUAAUGUGCUGUAUUUGUAUUUCUGCCGGUAUGUACACUGAAUAUAUCCCAGUGUGUAUUUGUCGUUAUGUAUCUCUCACUGACAUAUCUUUUUCAGUUCAGAGCUCUGCAGAGAAACAUCAUUGUCUAUAGUUGUGAUUGCUAUUCCUGUGACAGUGCUUGAGCUCAGGCUGCAGUGAAGUAUCUUUGGAGACUCUGAGAGCUUUAAUGUGAAAGCACAGAAAGGGUUUUGACUGCAGGGUUACAGUGUGGAUUUAACAGACGCUUUCACCGCAGAUUAGUCAGCAGCAUUUGACAAGUUCUCAUUUUUACAUUUAAUGUCCCGGGUGGAGCUUUUAAACUGUUUUAAUGCCACAAAUUAGGUUGUGAGACAAAUACACUGCAGAUGUUUGAGUGACCUUUUCUCGUCAAUGAGUCUAACCGUUAAAAAAUGUGUCCUGUAAUCCUAGUUAAUCUCAGUAGUAUUUCAGUCUGUGGGAUUAUCAGAGUAAUAAUUUUGUAUAGUGGUUCAGUAGACUUAAUGAUUUCUCGGUGAGUAAAAUAAAAACUCUCUGGGGGCAGUUUUUACCAGACGUGCACUUAAAGUUCACAUGUAUGUGUCACUAACAAAUACCACCUCUGCGUAUUUACCAUCGAGUUAAUAGGAGGUUAGAGUUCAGCCGCAGAGUCUGUAAAAAAUCAAAUUCAGAUUCUGUGAAGAUUCUUUCUGUUUCCAUGAUCUCCUCUGAGGUUGAAGAAACUUUACUGUGUAACCUCCUGAGAUGAAGAUCUGUGUUUGUUUGUUUGUUUUUUUGGUGUCCCCAGAUAUUUUGAUAAUUUGUGUAACAUGGGUCUUUUUUUUUAAUUCUAGGGUGGGCGAGCAGGUGACCCACAUCCGCAUCCAGAACACGGGAGAUUUCUAUGACCUGUACGGUGGGGAGAAGUUUGCCACCCUGUCAGAGCUGGUUGAGUACUACACAGCGGAGAAUGGCAUCCUGCAGGACAAGGAUGGCACCACCAUUGAGCUCAAAUACCCCCUCAACUGCUCCGAUCCCACGACAGAAAGGUCUGUGCACUCUUACCAUCACUCUCACCCCUGACACACACCCACCCACUGACUCUACUUACAGUGUCAGGCUGAGUGUUAAAUCUGCAAAAGCCUUUAGAAGUAUUUUUUUCCUCCAACGUUUUCAUUUAGCGGGGUUAAUGAGUCUUAUUUGUGGGUUUAAUUUUACUUUUACUUUUAAGAAUUUCCUCUGGGGGGUAAACGGGUUUCAUUUAACACUGCUUUUGGACAAAUCUGGUGUCAUAGCAUCUUUGUCAGAGUGUGAGUCAGUAAAUACAAACACCUACACUAACAAAGUCAAAAUGAGCCCACAGCUGUCCUGUCGAGGCCUCAGUCCGACAUCAGCCUCACCUCUGCAGCUCAUAUGUCAUGACAAGAACUACCUCCCCAUAUUUAAAGGUCCACUGUGCUCUUUGUGAAUGUUUAAAUAAUAGGAGACUACUUAAAUUUCACUGUUACUGCUGUUUACCAAACCAUAUUUGUUUUAUUGUAUUUUUACAAAUUACAGUCUGUAGGCAUUUUUAAUACUUGUGAAAACGCCCAGUUUGCAAUAUAUGCUCUCUGUUGUGAUUUACUGCAAAAAAAAGUCUCAAGUUUUAGAUUCUCCUUUACCUUAGUGAAAAAUCCCAAAUCUACAAAUAUUCAAAUAUUAUUCAUUUCUAACACGAGAAGUCUCCUCCUCUCAGUAUUAAUGCCCUGCAGGCCUUAACUUCCACAUCAUGAGCUCCACCAAACCAGUUUGUCUCACAGAUUUAAGCUUGUUCAUACACACAUUGAACUCUUAUUUAAAGUCAGCACGAAGAAAAGAAGGGUCCUUCUGCACUUAAACGUACAAUUUUAUUCUGUAGAAUCAACGUCGACAUGUUGAAACUUUUAAGAAUUCAUUUCCAGAAUAGGUAAAAACAUCUGCAGUUCUAUACUGAACAUAGAAACAGGCUUCAUUCAUCCCAAAAUUGUUGAAGAAAACACUGAGUUUCUAACCUUAAUGCAUUUUCUCUUUCUGUUCAUCACAGAGAUUACUAUUUCACACCAGAGAAACCUGCAUAAGACAUCAUUUAGAUAGAAAGGUGUGAGACUGUGAAAAUUUUGGAAGUCAUAUUAGGUUUUCCAACUUUGUAAAGAACAUUUUAUUUACACCUCAAACUGUGUAAUGUGUGCAAAGAGGACAGUAAAUUAUGGAUAUCUUUUGUAAUAUUGCUCCUCAGUUACAGCUUGUCUUUAUCUUGAAAACUUCAGUAUCAAUAUAUGUAUUUUUGUGUAGCAUGCACUCUUUAAUUCAGACUCACUUCGACAGAUUGAGAUCUUGUUAUUUCAUUUGUACUGAUCGCUGCUCUACGUCUAUUUUCUAAACAUGGUCACUGGAGAAAUUUUAAAUAUCAUGUUUCCAACCCCAGGCUGCAGCUGGAAAUAUGAUAAAAAUCUUUUUUUUUCUGCUUGUCUAAUGCAAGUUUUAAAUUAACCUCCUUAUGUUCAAGUGUUUAUCAAGUUUCCGUCACUGUUUGUUUGACACUGCUGCUGUAGGUGGUGAAAAGUUCUGAAAAAAGACGGUCUCCUAUCUGGAAAGAUUUUGCCGCUGUAGGCUGACCUAAGUAGGUUAAUGUCCAACCAGAGGUGAUAAAUAAAGUUUUACAGUAAAACUUCUUUUAUGAGUCAAGAAGGGCAUUACUUUCUAUCUAUUGCAUGCGUGUGUCUGUGUGCCUCACCCUAGCUGGAAGCUCUACCCCCUGCCCCCCAUCUCUCUCUCUCUCUCUCUCUCUGUCAGUUGUCUAACUUCCCUUUUGUUGCUGCGGUUGGAAACUUUAAGUUUUGACACUUUUGAAAGUAAUGGCCAGACCCUUCUUGUCUUCCUCUAUUGCGCACUCCUGUAUGUUCUUGCUCACUUUUUGUCUUCCUCAUCUCGCCCCAAUUUUGUUCUCAUCUAACAGCUUUUACAGUGACGCUUCAGCAGGUCAGCCUGUGGCGCGGUGAUCUUUUUCUUUCUUCUCAAGUGUCUGACAGCUGAUCUCUUCUUAUGAAACAAGAGGAAUAUAGUUAGCUGUUUAACUUGUUGCUACUGGAACAUACAUUGAUUACAUGUAACCUUUGAGGCUGACUUUAUUACAUGUUUGUCCAUCAUAUGCAUGCUUAAAAUCUUGUCUAAAACCUACUCAUUUACUGUGCAGAACUCUUAUUGCACUUUAUAAGCUUCUGCAAAACUGCACAGGUCCUAACUCCUUUUGAUGCUUGGUGCAAACUUAUGUCAUUAAAACCAUAAUGUAGUUUAAUAUCCACCGCUAUGAAAGCAUAAACUGUGAUUUUAAGUAGACCAGAGAAAAGCAGUAUGUGGUGAUGGUGGUGAUGGUAGGGGAGGGGAGAGAUAGUAGUGAGCGGGGUAUCUGGAUGGUACAUAUAGAAAAAGGAGGGGGGAAGGGGGAAGGCUAUAAAUACUUUGUCCUCUUUAGCCACGAAAUCUGUCAUCAGAAAUUUUCCAACCGCAGAGCAGGAAGUUCAGCAGAAGAAAUCGAGAACUGUGCCUAAAAUUAAGUCACAACCCAGCCCUGCAGACACUGCGUUCACUAACACGUUAUACAAACAAUCACACACAUGCAAAUUUAGAGUAUAACAGUGCAUAAAAAAAUUACCUGGUUGUCACAACAACAUGUGAGUGUGCUGUUUCAGUUGCUCAUCUAAUGGUUUGAUUUGUUAUAGUUUCCUAUUUUGGUUCACAGUAGUCUUUAAUCUGCACAACUGCCUAGUGCACCACAUCACUGAGCGUGUGACAGCCGCUCAGCUUUAAAUAGACGGAUAGGUUCACUCCGCAGAGCUCGAACAGUAAACUAUAAAUACAGUAACUGUACAGCGGUGAAAAAGUAACUGAGGGGCUUUUUGGUAGCACUUUUUAAUAACAAAUCUCUAACAAUGCAUCAUAAACACAUUCAUGAAGCCUUAUAAGUGCAUUUGUGAUGUUUUAUAACAGAAAGAAUGAAAGAAAAAAAUUAUGAGUAUAAAAAUGUGUCAAUGUUGUGAAGUAUUUUUGACAAAUACUUUACUCACAGCAGGAAGAUACUGCUUAUAAAUGUGUGAAAUGGACAUUUAAUUGUUAAUAACCGCAUACAGUGCUGUAACUUUACUCAAAAGUGACCAAAAUCAUACUUUAGCAUGUUGUGACUAUUAAAGAGAUAUUUCUAAAUUGAAAAUCAUCAAAUGAAACUUUUUUUAAAUGAUUUUUAAUGAUAAUUAGAAUGAGUUCUUUAUGGACUGUUAUAACAGGAUAUAGUUAUGAGAAUUAUAAUGUGCUAUUAAACUUAGAAUUUAAAGGAUGCUGUUAUUUCUUUCAUAUUAAGAUAUUAGAUUAGAUUAGAUUAGAUUUAACUUUAUUGUCAUUGAACACAGUACAAGUACAGGAACAAUGAAAUGCAGUUUAGCAUCUAACCAGAAGUGCAAGGUAUGUACAUAUGGGCAGUGCAGGUAUGAACUAAAUAUACUAUAUUUAUAUGUGCAAUGAAUAUGCUAAAAAUAUAUACACGGUGUUGGUAACUGCAGGUAUGAAUAGGCUAUACAACAAAAGAAUAAAUAUCUACUUAUGUAUAUUAUCUAUAUAUGCAGUAUACUGAUUAGUGCAGGUGUGAAAAAGAGAAAAUGCUAUUAAACAGUGGGUGCAUUGAAGAAUAUAAAUAGUAAGAUAUUUAGGAUUAUGAGUAGGAAUAUGUACAGUUAUUAAAUAUAUAGUUGGAUAAAAUAUGUAUUAUAAACCAUACAGUUAUGAGGCAUUAUUUUCACUGUCUAUAACACUUGCUAUAUGCUGAUCUGAAUGCUAAUUGUCACUUGCCUGUGAUGCAUUAUAAAAAGUGGGGUUUAAAUAAAGGGUCUCAGGCUGAAAGUGAACCCAAAGCGUUCACUCGGAGACUGCAGCCUCUGUUUAUGGGGCGUGCAACUUAACCACGAGGUCAAACCUGCACCCCAGUUGCAUCUUUUUUUUAACUGUAAAUGCAUUUAAAAAAAAAAAAAUGCACAAAUGUUUUCAAAAAAAAUCUAAUCGUUUUUUCAAACCUAUCAGUGACAAUCUCUGUGUUUUCAAGGGAAAUGAUAUGAUGACUUUAGAUAAGACAUCAUCUUAAAAUAAAAACAUUUAGAGAAAUAAACAUAGGAUGUAUGUGAACUUAAUAAUGAAGAGUUAUUAAUUACAGUGUAUUUUCUUUAAACACUUCCAGAGUUUUGGCACUUUUUAAUAUUUAUUACACAUUUGUAGUUUUUAUUUUAGACUCAAACUACAAUAAGGAAUGUGACAAAACUACAAGCAGCCUGAAAAAAAUCGAUCAUAGGAUGAAUCUUCCAAAGAGAACUUUAGAUGAAAGUAUGUUUUCUGUUAAAAUCCUAAUCUGUUGUAUUUCACUGAGAUACAUAAUACUCUGAUAUUUCCAUGUCACCACCUCCGCUCAGAGUGUAACUUCUUUUCCUUGAACCUCUGGCUCUUCUGUGUCUCAGGUGGUACCACGGUCACCUGUCUGGGUCGGCUGCAGAGAAGCUGCUGUGCGAACGAGACGAGCCGGGGACUUUCCUGGUCAGAGAGUCAUUGUCCAAACCUGGAGACUUUGUUCUGUCAGCUCUGACGGAUGAGAGGAGCAAAAGUGGAGGAAAAAGGGUCUCCCACAUCAAGAUCCUGUGUCAGGUGUGGGCUUCUGCUUGUUUCAUUGUGUGACAUGCAGAAUUAUGCAUAAAACGAGGGUCAGAUUUUGGUCAGUCUUGGCUUCCUGAGAGAGAUUCACAUUAUGUAGAAAUACUGACGGACAAUCCCAGAGUUGUGAUAAUGUGCACUUUGAAAGAGGCCGUAGUCUCAUUUCUCCUAUCUAAUGCAAUCAGUAACUGUAACAUCUCGACUGAUGUUCAUAAAUGUCAUGCUCGGUUGUCAGACGUUUAUCAGGUGGGAAACACUAUUUUGCUUUUAUCAGUUCAAAAAAAGAUCUGUGAAACUAGAAUCACGCUCCUGACACGAUGAGUUAUUUAUGCACACACUGUAGAUUACCGCUGAACUGCAGCAGCCACGUCUCAUUUUCGUAGAUAUCGCCGUGGCCCUCUGCGUUUUAUUUUUAGCAGAGGUUCACCUCACAGAAAACACCGCUCAGGCCUCAUUUGAAUCGGGAGCCAUUGUUUUUGUGCAGAAGAUUAAUGUGAGAUUACUGAGAGGGUCACAAAGGCUUUUUGAUAAACACGUGGCAAAGAUCAGGUGAGCUCAGCUCUUGCUUCAGAGUCCGUUUACUGCGGUCUGUGCCAACUGAAUGUGAAAAUGUGAGUUCAAAGUUACUUAUUUUAAAACAUUUUGGGGGAGUCAACUACAAAAUUAGCUAUAUGAUAUUCUAUAGAGGUAGUUUAUUUUUAUGUAGCAAGAAAAUGAAUUCAUCAUUCAUUAUCAAAAUAAAGAGCUUUUACAAAUGAGCCUGCAAAAGGAAAUCCCUCUUUUGUGGAAGUACCUUUGUCUGAUUGUGCAGAGAGCUGUUCCUCAGAAGGCCUGUUCAUACUUCUGUUUGUGUUUUUACACCAGGACAUUUUGCUCCAGGUUGAUAUGUUGUAUGUUUUGUGUGUGUGUGCAGAAUGACAGAUACACAGUGGGAUGUUCAGAUAUGUUUGACACGCUGACGGACUUGGUGGACUUCUACAAACGCAAAGGCAUCGAGGAGAUGUCUGGAAACUGGGUGCAUUUAAAACAGGUGAGCUGGAUUUUGAUUUCAGAAUCAUAAAAAUGAAUGUCCUCGAGCUGUUAAUGAAACACCUCCAUGGACAGUUAAUGAAUAAAAAAAAACAUGCAGCACAGCCCUCAGAUAGUAAAUAUCACUCACACUGAGUUCAUUGGUCUGCUGUAGUCUGAAGACAAUUUCCUUUUUCUCUCUCUUUUCCCUACUCUCUGUUCUGGCAGCCAUAUAACUCUACCAGAGUGAAUGCAGCAGACAUCGACAGCAGAGUGAAACAGCUGGAUCAGACCACAAGGCAGCAGGAGGAGGGUGAAGGAGAGAAGAGCAAGGCGGGCUUCUGGGAGGAGUUCGAUGUAAGAUUUGAUCCAACAACCAAACUCACAAUAAUUAUUUAUCUGUGGUAUCAGAAUUACUGCUUUGUACUAAUUCAUUAAUCAUUCAUUUACUAAAUUAAAAUUCUUAUUAGCCUUGAAUGCUCGUGAUGUGGUUGAAAGAAGAAUUUUAUGUAUUUAGCCUUUAUUUAACCAGGUUAGAUUAAAAAUCUCUUUUACAAUGGAGACCUGGCCAAGAGGGCAGCAUAGUUCCUACAACAGAAAAUAUUCACAACAUCUCAACAUUAAAACAAUCUCACAUAAAACAUUUACACACAGAUGAGGUAGAUUGUAAUGAUUUCACUGUAGUUUUCAAUUAUACUACCAUCUUGUGGCGGUGUGAUACACUAAAUAUCAAAUUAAAGGCUUCAUUACAAAUCCCUCAGCAUGGAAUCAGAUUGAGCUAAAGUGAAAAAAAAAAAUACGACAAAUGAAUGAAAUGAAUCAUCUCAUCAGAACAAAUUACAGUUUGUUGGCACUAAACACGAAAAAAGAAUUAUUAUUCAUAAAGCACUUUUUUAACACAGAUGAACUCAAUGUGCUUCAGACUGAAAGAUAAAAUAAAUUCAAAAGCAUAACAAUAAAGCUAAUAACCAAAAAGAGGAAGAAAUUUGAAGAUGAUUGUUUGAUAUAUUGUUUAAAAAUAAAACUCAUGCUUAAUACUGUGAAUACUUAAUACCAUCUGUACUCGCACCCCAACAUGCUCCCUCAAAUUGCAGAAAACCUUUACCAAAAGUCUUUUCAAUUGUUUCACAAUGCAGCUUUUACUUUUUUAAUGACCCUGAAGCAGUAUUAUACUGAUGUCCCAGUGCAUCAGUUCACAUUGUAUUACAGUGUUGCUAAGACACUGUUAGCACGCUCAGACAAGCACAAACACACAGCCUCACCUGCUCAUGUCUUGUCUGUUAAACACCUCUGUGAAACUACCUCAGAUGAUCGCACGGCAUUUGGGUCACUUGGCGUUCAUUCUGAACGUGAGACAUUAUAAGGGUGUAUAUAAUCACACCUUUAACCAACAACAGGAAAAGGUUCAACGAAAAAGUGCUGAUGACAAAAAAAAAAUCUAAGAGUUGUGCAGAGAUAUGGGAGGAAAAGAGAUUAAUUCCAGUUUAAGAUCAACUAAAUAUAAUUAAAUUUCAUCAUUUUCAAAGAGCCCACUUUUAGUCAUUCAACACUAAGCUAGUAAAAUACAUGUUAAAUAUUUAAUUUUCCAUUUUAACCAAAACACACAAAGAGAGACAAAACAACCUUUGUCCUCCAAGACAAAAAGCUUUCUUUGGUAUCUAUGCUGACGACACUUGGUUAUUAUGGUCUUGCACCUGCUCCAGCUCAAACUUGUGCAGAUUUAUUAGAGUGAGUUCUAUUUCAUUUAUUGAGUACAAAGAAAACGAACACUCAAGAGCACAGAAAUCAUCAAUUUUAUUAUCAUGCAUUACUGCACUGUCUGUAAUUUCUGAAGGUUUUUGUGUCAUUAACUUUUUCCCUUUUUAAAUGUUAAUUUCUUAUUUAUUAGUGUGAUUAAAUAAAAAAGAACAGAGAGAUAUCGAGACUUGACAAAAAAGGUAAUCAUAAACGAUCAAGUCUUCAAAUGAGCAGGCUUUUGGUGGUUUAAAUAUUCAGUAUGAAACGGGAAAAGUUGAGGGCUUUAUUUUUAUUUAACAGACAAGUCUUACUUCUCUUUUUUUGUCAAACAGAAAUUGGGGGGGUUGUACUUUUUUCCCUUUUAAUUUUUACUGUAAUACGUGUUGUACUUGAAUUCCUCUUUCUUUAAAGGGGUAAACCUGAUAAACUAACCAAAAUGAUCUCAGUGCUGCACAGACUCACAUAAAACUACUUAAAAAACAGUGUGUGUUGACUCAGAGUAGCCUCAGAGUAGCCGGGAAAUGCUUGGUGACGUCACUGAAAUAGUUCAAAUACAUUUUCUCACCAAUAAUCGACAAACUGCCCCCCAGAGUGGCGACAAGAAUUAAUUCAGAUUUUCUUUCUCCUUGUCUUGUGAAGUAAAGUUAAGGUAUAAUGCUGAAAACAUGUUGCUUUUGUUCACCAAAAAAAUACAGAGAAUGGUAAAAUAUCGCCUUGUGUUUUAUUAACGUGGAAGUUUAUAUUCUGUCAUUAUUCGGCAACUCAGUUGUCUUUUCCUCCCAUCAGGCUCUUCAAAAGUUUGAGGCAAAGGUGAAAAAAAGCAGAGAGGAGGGCCAGAGGCCUGAAAACAAGAGCAAAAACAGAUACAAGAACAUUCUUCCCUGUGAGUAUUGUUAUUAUAUAAACUUUUCAUAUCAUAUGUUUUAAGUCAGUUUUGAUCGUAACAUUAACUAGAUAUUUGUUUCUGCCUUUGUCUCACGGUUUAAUCCCUCCGUCCUCUUGUUUCCUCCAAAAGUCAAUGACACCAGAGUCAUCCUGCAGGACACUGAUCCUGCCAUUGUUGGUUCUGAUUACAUUAACGCCAACUACGUGAAAGUAAGUGUCCAGAGACUGAAAUACAAGAGUAAACAGAAGCUGUCAUACACUUUCUUUUGUUUAUCAUCAUUGCUGCGUGCUUACAGAACAAGAUGCGGGAGCCUGAGGACCAGAAAGUUUAUAUCGCCACCCAGGGGUGUCUUGCAACUACCGUCAAUGAUUUCUGGCAGAUGGUGUGGCAAGAGAACACAAGGGUGAUCGUCAUGACAACCAGAGAGGUUGAGAAAGGGCGGGUCAGUAUCAAAAGCAUCAGCCAUCAAAGUAGACUUGGACUUUGAUGUUCUCCUUUCCCCUGAACGAAAUGCCAGGAAAACAUUUUAAUUACUGCUGCGCACCUUAAACUGACAUUUCAAGCCGAGAGAACUUCCCUCUUUCGAAGCCUACGCAGUUUUUAUUACAGUACACCAGGGGAUCUUUUUAUUAGCAAUAUUUGUAAACUGCAGUUCUCUGUGGUAAUUUUAGGCGAACUGUAAAUAUCACAGCAUAUGUCACAGCACUGGCUUCUGUUAAGCAAGUGAGCUGACAUUAAAAUCCUUCUUCUUUGACAGGCUUUAAAUGGCACACACCCCCACUUCAUUAUUAUUCAUUAUUUGACCUCUAACUGUUCACAUGAUAUGGAUGAUAAAAUUGGUAUGAUAAUGAAGAUUAACUGAUCUUAAAAAAUAGGUUCUGUAUUAUUCCAGCGCUGUACUAUUUCUAUUUUUACACUUUUUUAAACUUCUACACCAUCAAAGUCAAAAAUUGGUUCAUUGUUCAAUCCCUGUUCACUGGAAAUCUGUAAUUGAUUUUAAGAUUUCAAUCUUUCAUGCCGUCUCUAUCCUGUGAUAUUUACAAAUUUUACAACCCCCCGAGGGUUGUGAAAACUCACUGUAACUGAACAACUUGAAGCUCCUACUAAAUUCACCGUGACAUGUUGAGUUAACAAAGCUGAGUUUCUUUUCAGUAAUAUGUGAUGAAGACAACAACCCAGCACCUCCUUCUCUGUCCAUCUCUCUCCCUCUUUCUGAAUCUCCCUCUAUCCCCUCUCUAAACCCAAUGCAGUCUCAGCAGAUGACUGUCAAACAUGAGACUGGUACUGCUUAAGGGUUCUACCUGUUAAAAGGAAGUUUUUCCUCUCCAUUGUAGAGGAAAGUGCUACACCCGUGUGGCUGGAAGUGGGUCUGAUCUUACAAUCUGACGCCAUCGUUGAAUCAGGUCUUUAUAACUAGAGUAUGAUCCAGUAUGAUCUUUUCUUUGUGAACUAGUGCUAUAUGACUAAAGGUGAAUUGAUCGAUUGCUUGACAAAAUGAACAAACUGGAAAAGCACUCGGAGAGCGCAGACCUCCGCCAAGCAGCUCAUGUCCCCCCUUAUAUCGUGAUUCACACCAAAACUUUUACUGUUACGUGUCUUUUAUUAACUUUUAUUUGUGUUUAAACUGGUAUGUUCACUGUUCAUAAUGUUCCUAAAACAAGAAACGCCCUGACCCGGAUUCAAACCCACAACCUUCUUGCUGCGAGGCGACAGUGCUAACCACUACACCACUGUGCCGCCCAUUGGUUAUCUUUCAGCAUUGAAAAUUCCAACGACACCCUUAUUUUUGUGUGUUCUGGAUCACAGUAUAGGGAAUUUUGUCCGGAUCACCUCCAAAAUUUAAUGGGAUCCUCCUGGGGCUGAGACGCACCUCUGGUGAAAAUUUCAGGUCAAUCCGUCUGUAACUUUCUCCGUAAAGUUGCUAACAGACAAACAAACAAACAAACGCUACUGAAAACAUAACCUCCUUGGCGGAGGUAAUUAUGUUGCAUAUCAAUUUAUUCAAAUACCCAAUAAGAGCAUCUCUGAAAAACUACAGAGGAAAAUACAAAUGAAUGCAGAAGUGACCCCUGGUGUCUUUCAUAUUCCAUGUGACAUUGCUUUUAUAAUUUCAACAGAGAGGGGUUUGAAGGCAGAACUUUUGCUCGUAAAUUAAUAUUUCCCAGCUUGGUUUUGCUUUUUUACUUAAGCUUAUCUGAAUACUUCCCCUUCAGCUGCUGUAAGACCUGUUGUAAUAUAGGAUGAACUGAGAUGCACCCUAAUAGGGCUUAAGUUUAUAGUUUACAUGUAGCUGUAAAGUUGGGUGGGGUUGAUUAAGCUUGCUGUGUACAGUUUACUGUCAAAAAGAGACUGAACAGAUGAGCUGAAAAAUGUGUAGGGAUUUAAAGUGCAUGAGGGGAAAAUUCGGAGGCUGUCGAAAAAUGCGUGUGUGGAGGUUCAUGGAUGAAAUUAACUUGAUUUAUUCUUUUUGCAGAAUAAAUGUGUCCCAUACUGGCCUGACCCUUCGAGCUCCAAAGAGUUUGGUCCCUAUGUGGUGACAUCUAAGUCAGAGAGAGAAGCAGCUGAUUAUAAAGUUCGUGUCCUGGAGAUUACUCAUAUGGACCAGGUGACCCUCCAAACCUCUCGUGGCCUCACUGCACUCCCUCACUCAGACGUACAUAAACCUUCAUUAGCACUGCUUGUUUAAUGUUCUCUGUUUUGUCUUUUACAGCCCAAACUUUCUCGUACUAUCUGGCACUAUCAGUACAUGAGCUGGCCUGACCAUGGUGUCCCCCAGGAGCCAGGUGGUGUCCUCAGCUUCCUCACUCAAGUAAACGCCAAACAGGCUGAAAACCGUGAUGCUGGACCCAUGAUCAUCCACUGCAGGUACCACACACCAGGCUCUGUAGAUACUGAGCUGCUGUUAGACAUUGUCAAAGUAGACAUGCUCAAAACCUCUACUUAAUUUUUUCUUUCUUUUUUUAACACCUAUAAUUCAAUUUAUGGACUGUCAUAAAAAAUUAAAUGCUCUUGGUAAAUCUUGUGUUUCCACCCACUAACAGCUAAUGCUGCGUUUCGAGUUACCUUGGAAGUCAGAUGUCGGAGCUGGGAAUGAAGUCACACCCAAGUUACCAGCAUUUCAGUUACCAAGUCGGAAAAAAGCAAAAUCAAGAUGUCUACAUCUACGAAAGUUAUGCCUUGUUUGACUUGUCCGAAUAUAACAAGGCGAGGCAAAUGCUAAAAUAAAUUUCGUAGAUGUAGCCAUCUUGUUUCCGCCUCCGAUUUUGCUUUUUUCCGACUUGGUAACUAAAACGCUGGUAACUCAGGUGUGACGUCAUCCCCAGCUUCGACAUCCGACUUCCGAGGUAACUCGAAUGCAGCAUAAAGCCCAAAUCCUCUAUUUAAAGCUUCUGCGGGACAUUUUGGUCGAUGUUGAUUUUGGCGCCCCCUGUUGACAUGUUUUUGCCCUGCACCCAUAUUAGUUGAUAUUUUUUUUAUUUCAUCCUACCGUCUGUUAACGGUUCAAAUGUUCAACAUGAACAUCUUUUACUGGAUGAAUUAACCGAACGAUCCUCCAAUAUUUAAAAUCUGUUCAGUCUCAUUUUCUUGUUGAUCAUCUUUUAAUUCUUUGGCGUCUGAUCUGAUUUCUAAACAUUCUCACAUCCUGAGAAGCUGGUAAAGUCUUUGGAAAUUUCUGUAAAGGGUUUUCCAGGAGACAACAAUUAGUUUUUCUAGAUGGGCUUUUACCAAAUGGUGCCUCCAGUCAUGUGUCGUGGAGCAUUAACCCUUUAAACUCUUGCAUGCGCGAGGUGCUUGUGACAGACAUCUGUUUAAGUGUGAUGUUGUUUGAAACAACAACAAGCUCAGCUUCCAUGAUUAGAAGUUAGAUGAUAACACUCAGAGGGUAAAGAUUAUAAUGAUCAUAUUUUCAGGAUUAAGAUAAGCAGUAAGUCAAAUGACAGUUUAUCCUUUUGGAAUUUCCCCCGUGUGAUGUGAGGGAUACUGAGGCCAUGCGUGUGAGUGUGUGUUUUUCACACGUUUGUUGAUGAUUACAUGACGCUUGCGUAAGUAUUUUUGGUAUGUAAGUAUGUUCACAAAGCUGCGCAGGACUAUUAUAAUCUCACAGGGUUUCCCUCAACACAACUGUUACUAAGACUUUUGACAUUUAACCCUCUUAAAGAGGAACAAAAUUUACUCAAAAGGCUUUUACGCUUUAAUUUGAGAGAUUGGACAGUGAAUAGAGUCAGAAACUCAGAGGAAACAGUGGGGUGUGACAUGCAGCAAAGGGUCGUGGGUCAGGAUUGGAUUUAGGCUAACUGCUUUGAGGACUGUAACCUCUGUACAGGGUGCGAGUUUAACUACUGAAGAGUCAUGACAUAAUGAGAUAGAUAGUCAGAGUUAGAGGAGAUUUAGUCAUUAUUGUAAGAUUUUAAAGUUCAAAUAGUGAAAUAGUUGUGACUAUUUGAGAAAUGUUAAAAUGAUAGGCUCCAUAUAACAACAAUAAAAAGUUAUUAUUAAAGUUGACAUAUUGUCCUUAAGCUAGCCAGGUCUGCUGGUUGGUUCACGAAGAUUUUCAAUUAUUUUAGAUUAGAUUGUCAUUAAACGUUGAAAAAACAGCAUUUGAAGCCCCCAGAGGAUGAGCCCUAAUGAAGCUGCUGCUUUUCUGACUUUAUCUCUUGCAUUACAAUAAAAUUCAUUUGAUGUAUCCCCUCAACCUAAAGUAAGAAGACCUCCUGACUUUUGUAGGUCAAAAGUUGAAUUUUUCCUUGUACUUUUGUUUGUGAAUCUACAAAACUGACAUUGCCAUUCUUCUGAGGCUGAAAUUACAACAUAAAAUGUGAAAGAUUUGUGCCUUGUAAGGUUCAUUGUGCAGCUGGACACAGUUUUUGGUCUGACUGUUGAUUAUUUAAAGUCUUAAAAGAACCUUAAAAGUUGUGUUUUAUAUGAACUAAAUAGGCUUUAUCUUAUUGUGAAUUUUUUUCAGUGCUGGAAUCGGCCGAACAGGCACCAUCGUGGUGAUUGACAUGAUCAUCGAGACCAUCGACACUAUGGGUAGAAAAAUAAAUCAAUAUCAGUUUGUUUUGAACAAAAAAAUAAAUAAGAGUCAAAAUAAAUACAGAGUACUGCGAUUUUGAUGUGGUUAUUUGACUUCUCUGUGCAGGUCUGGACUGUGACAUUGACAUCCCCAAAUACAUCCAGAUGGUACGAGAGCAGCGCUCCGGCAUGGUGCAGACGGAGGCUCAAUACAAGUUCAUCUAUCUGUCUGUGUCUCAGUACAUUCAGACCACCAAGGCCAAAGACUGUGCCUACAUGGUGAGUAACAUGGACAGAGAAUUAAUCACAUAAGAGUGAGAAGUUAUUUCCCUCUACUGAGAUUUAGAUUGAUGAGAGGAAAACAGAAAGAUUUCUGAACAGAGAUGUGUAUCUCGACAGGCCUUUGCACUUGUGAAUGUUGAAAGCUGCCUAGUUUGGUGCGAACGGUGUGAUAUGUUAUCAAAGAGCCGCCUGAGAAAGAUGAACAUUGACCCGGAGAGAAAAAAAAACAACAACCUGUUGCUUAGACUAAACCCGCCGUGUGACCUGCUCUGUGUUUGAGUUAUCCUCCUGUCAUCUCUGAAACGUCUGUGCUCCUCUCUUCCCCAGGAAACCGACACAGAGUAUGGAAACCUACAACUCAAGCACCAACCAGCCAGCAGAAAGGUUUCAAAGUGAGUGAGCUACUGUGUGAGUGUUUGUGUAAAUAGGAUGUCCCUAUAAAGUUCACAUCACUCCUCUGAACCUCACACAGCUGCCCUAGUUUCUUUUUACAAAUACAGCACAGUCAGCAUCUUCAGCCACAUGUCAGCAAACGUUUUUGUGAAGAGGAGGAGGUGUGGAUAGAGGGAGGAUGAGCUGUAGUUGCUAAAGGACUCCAAUAGAGUUUCAUAGCUCUUUUUACUCCUGCAGACUCCUUCAAAAUUCGUCACCGUUUAAUCGAGCAUGGACCUCGAUUUUCCUGAAAUCAAACACUAUUGAAAGUAUAGAUUUCAUCUUUGGACCUCUGGCACUGGAGACAAGAAAAGGUCCCGGGAACAAAAUCAAACCCUUGCAUAAAAUCUGAUUACUGCAAGAACCAAAGAGUUUUCUCCACAUCGAAUAAAGGUGCCAGUUUGUACCAGCACCUUGUUCUUGUCAGGGAGCCUUCAAUCAGAUACAUUCAGUCCUUUGUGGAUCUGUAUCCAGAAGAGCUGAAACACAUUUGUCAGCAUUUUCUGUAGAUAUUCCAGUGUGAGCCAGUCGGCUCAUUUUCCACUACAGACCUUUGUCCUCAUGUUUUGAAACUAAUAAGGCGCUUAGGCUCUCAUGAAACAGUCCAGAAUAGCAGGGCAUCCAAGGCAACACGUUUGUUUAUCUUCUGUAUAUUUCUCAGUUUCAAGGCAGCGAAGAGGAAAUUUAUCCUUCCUGUAAAAGCAAUAAAAUGGCUCUCCAGUGAAUUAUUAAAGCCCUUGAAUAUAUAUGGGUGACCUAUUCUUAAGAAGUAGAAGAUGAAGCUUUGGUGUGGGCCUGUUUUUACACAGAGAUGACAACAAUAACAGUGUUUACAGCAGAGUAAACCUUGUUUUAUGCUGUCUGUGAUUUCACUCUGGACUAACAACACCAUCACGUAGCUCUCCUAGUGUGUGAUUUUAUAAAGCACCGCAGCAUUGUGAAAGAAAAGUAGUGUCACAUUGUAAACAAACAGCCUGAGCUUCUCAUUCACCUGCUGCUGCGUCCUGCAGGUUUUUCCAUUUACCACAUGUUGCUCUCUGUAACUUCCUCCCAUGCCCAGCUAGAAGUAUCACAGCUGUGCCAAAAUAGUCUGUCCAUACAUAACAUACUACCACCUUGAAUAAACUGUGUAAUAGAGGCUGUUGUCUCUACUUUUUCUGAUUCUACAAUUUAUAUAAUACUGCUAAACAAAGUCCUUGACCUUAUUUCUUUUAAUACUUCAAGCUCAAAUCUGCAUAUUAGAAUUGUUCUCACACUGGUUUUUAAAAAAGCCAGAACAGCAAUGGAAAAAAAAAAAAAAACUCAAUUAACGCAACUUUUGAAAGUUAAAUCCAAGCCACUGUGCAAACUGAAACUCCAAAAUUCGAAAGUUGCCAAAUCCAGAAUAAGAGAAUUGCAUUGCAGCUGUUUUAAAGGAAGAUGAUACACCACCCUCCUCCAGGAGAACCUUUACUUCCUCGACCGUACAACAGGAUGUGAUUGUAGUUUUUUAGUCAGCAGCAUUCUUAGUAACUGUUGCACAAAUAAUAACCUCAGCAAUCAACACAGAUGAAUCAAUGAUGUCUGGACAAUUUAGAAAGAAAUGUCUUGCUUUGACUCAUCAGGGUCAUUUUUUCUAACUGUAGAGUUUCCCCUCCAGAGAAACUCAAGCCUGUAAAAUCUGCUUUUUGCUCUGUUAGUGAACAAACAAGAGGCUGUAUCAUUUUAGACUCUCAGCUCCUCUCUGGGGUCAUUUGAGUACUGUGUUAAUGACCUUUGAGCCAGGACAAGGCUUGUGUAUGUAAUGAGGCUGUUUUGAAAUUAACCAGUUAGCAAAGAUAAAACAGGACACUGGACGAUUCAGCUCAACGCAGCUUGAAGUUUGACCCACUUUCAGGGUGGGAUACUUGGCGGUCAGCUUUGAGUGAUUGACUCAUGGUUGGUUGGUCUGUUUCAGUAAUUCUACUGCAGAUGGCUCAUUCAUUAACCUCUACAGUCUCUGAUUCUCUAUGUCUAAUCAACGGUGACUGCUCUAUUAAAGAAGUAAGGAACUGAUAAAAGCACUAAUCAGCGUUUUCUAUUUCCAGAAACAAAGAGGACGUUUACGAGAAUCUGUCAAAGGGGAAGAAGGAUGUGAAAAAGCAAAAGGCAGACAAGAAAAGUGGCUCGGUGAGGAAAAGAUAGAGACUGAGAAGUUUUCUCUAAGUACGUCAUAAUUUUAUAUUUAUUCAGGCUCUGCUUUUUGGUUAAUUUUUUGUCGCAGUGGAAGAAAGUGUAAAAUCAGAGACAUGAUGGAGUUAUAACAUCUGAUUUCUCACAUGAAUGCUUGAAUGCAUUUGUUAAAAAUAAAACCAAAACAUUGGUGAACAGUUU